AUGACCGUCGAUUUGCUGCAAUGGGCAAUGGCGUUCGUCGGCAUGGUUGAUAAGAUGAACGACCUUCAGGCCUUGGAGAAGAAGCUGGAGACCGCCGAGAGCGACAGAGACAGCAUCAGUGCCAAGCAGGAACAACUUGAGCGGGAUCUGUCGGCGGUCCAAAGCGAGCAUGAAGCAACCAAGGAGGAGGCUCAGGCGUCAAGCAACAAGCUUGAGUCAGAGAAGAGCCGGCUUGCUUGGGAUCUGAUGAUAGCCCAAAGCGAGCAUGAUACAGCCAAGCAGUCUCUGGUCCGCUAUGCGGCCGCCCUCGAACAGGCUCAAGGCUCACGCAACAAGCUUGAGCAGGAUAAGAGGCUGUUGCAGCAGGGGAGAGACCAGCUCAGGCAGGAUCUCGCGACGGCUCAAAUUGACCUUGAUGCUAAGAAUACAACACUGGCCAGCAAGACAACGGCUCUCGAGGAGGUUCAGCUUCGCAGCGAGAAGCCUCAAGCGGAUCUAAGCAAGUCUCAGAACGACCAAGAAGAGACUCGAAAGACCCUGUCUACCAUGACAAAUGCUCUCCACGAGUCUCAAACUUUUUACACCAAGCUUCGGGAGGAGAAGGACCUGCUUGACAGCGAUCUCAAGGCGCGAGACUUUUGUAUCAAGUCGCUCGAAGAUGAUCUGAAGGGCGAGCUGCUCGGCAACCAUGUCAGAAUGGUGGCUGAACUCCGGGCGAAGAAUACCGAUCUUCAGACGAUGAAGGUCGAGCUUCAGACGAAAGACGACGAGCUCAAGAAGCAGGUCACCCGCAACUGUACGCUCGAAGCGAAUUACGCAGGCCUCGAGAAGAUCAGCAAAGAAGACAGGCGCGACUACCGCGAGGAGUUGAGGCGCCAUAGACGAGACCAGCACGUCCAGGCAGAGUUCCUAUUUGGAGGUCAGCUCGGAGAGUGGGACUCUUUGAUGGACGCUAUGCUCGAGGAGGAAACCGACGCCGCCAUCGACGGCCACCACAGGCCGUGGGUUGUUCUUGGCACAUGGAACGGCCGCGAAGAACAAGACGAGGACUACGGGCAGCAGCCAAUAGCUUCCGUUUUCGUGGCACUAGUCUCACUGUGCGGCCAGGGUACAUGGAGCAACGGCGGCUCCCAGUUCCUCGCCCUCAUGUGUAGGCUCACAGAGUACCUGGCCACCAGCCCCGUCACCAACUUGGCCGUCCUCACUUGGAUCAUCCAACGUGCCAACAUCCGGGUCUCGAUGCUGCCGACAGGGGACCAGGUGCCAGCCUGCGCAGCCAUCUGGUCGUUGGCGGAUACUGUUGCCGUCCGGUGGAAUCAGACGCAUCUGCGGCAGCCCCAUAGUCUGCUGGAGGAGUAUCUGCUGACCCUGCAGAUGCCCGCAAGCGACGAGUGGGUCAAGCUUCGGGACGGCAACGACGAGAUCCACCUGGUCAGGUCGCAUACUCAGCGAUUCGCCGUCAUGUUCAACCUGGCAGACUAUGCCUUAUGGUUCGUCGACUCCGACCAUGUGAAACGCGCUGAGGACUUCACGGUGACGUUCCGCGGUCCAUCGAGAGCUAUCAUGUGGAAUGUGAUGGAGGAUUCUCAAAACUUUGACCACUGGUUCAAGCACUGGCUUGUAGCGGAGUAA